GUGAAUGUGAACUCAACUUGUCCUGAUGGCCUUGAAUGAAACCAGACUGACUGUAGAUGGUUUUCUUCCCAGAUCCCGUUCCAACCUCCGUGCUCAGCUCUAAAGAACAAGAGACCUUGUGCUCUUUUCCAGAUGUCAGUGGCCGCAAAUCAGCUGAGAACCUCCUGCCUUAGGUAACGGGCAGGUGAUCUGUGAUCAGGGCUGUGGACUUGAAUGGCCGUGCUUUCAUGAACGUUUUCUGGUCUUGCCAUUUCACAACCCUUCCUUCUCCUGGAAAUUUAAGAUGGCAUUUCUUAUCCUGAGGUUCAGACGGGAGUUGGACUUACUGUUGAACGGCUGAUAUAAUGUGCUCCCUGAGGAGCACAUCUUGCUUUUUUGUUGUUGUUUUCCAACACCAUCUGAACUUUGGUCAGCAAGAGGAAGAGUGGUGACAGAGUCUGUUAUCUGAGAGUAACGUGUUCCUGUACCUUUCCCGUCAUUCUGUGGUGAAGGAUUCCUUCCCUUGCAGAGAGGACUGCGAGACCCGCUCCUGCCAGGUUGGACUUUGCCUCCAAACGUGGCGCAGCCUCUUCCAUUGUGACAUCACCCACUGCCAUUGACGUCACAAAGCAGCAUCAGCGCUGAGGUCGGCACAGCGGGGUAUAAGACCAGGGGUCUCCCUGCGCCUUGGCCACUCUCGAUCUUGAGGGAACUGAGAUCGCAGAGUUUUUGGCUCACUCCAGAGCGAGCGAGAUGCUUGUUACCUGCACCUCAGCAGGUACCCAGAGACACCCAGAGAUGGCUGAACGUCUGAACGGGAAGAUGAAGGCACUGAAGGCAUCGACCCUGGUGCUGCUGCUUGGUCUCUUCUCUUUCGGAGUUUACCAUGUGGGACGACUUGGCGUCUUAACCUGGAACACUGCAAAAGAGUUAGGAGACCUGAACGAAACCCCGUCCCUGCCCGUCCAGCUCCGUAAGCUUCAGGAACAACUUUAUCAUCUGCGCUGGAGUGCAAAGGAUGUUGCUGAGCUGGCUCUACAAGAAGGAUUGAAGCAGGCAAAGGUCCCAGGCUUUGCCGGAUGGGCUGUUCAGGAGAUCAUCAAUCAAGCUUUGGAGAAGCUGGAGGAAAUCCACGUCCUGAUGCCGGAUUAUGCCCUCAAAUCGGCAGGGGCUGCCGUCAUUCUUUCCAGGACUUCUCCAUCCCUCCGGACUGACAAAGCAAAGGUGUUCCUGUAUUCCCUGUCGAUAAUGGAUUACAUGAGGACCCCUGAGCUGAUUCUGGAGCCGGACAAUCAUCCUGGCAACUGCUGGCCCUUUCCAGGAAGUCAAGGACACGUCUUCAUCAAGCUGUCCAUGCCGGUCAUUCCCAGAGCCGUCACCAUGGACCAUGUCUCAGAGACAGCGUUCCAUGGAGAAAGUAUCUCUGGAGCUCCCAAGGACUUUGCUGUCUACGGCUUCAAGGAAGAACACGAGGAGCAGGGAACGUUCCUUGGACAGUUCACUUUCCUGGCGGCGCUGAAUCCCAGUCAGACCUUCCAGCUGAAGGUAUGGGGACAGAGAGGGAGGAGAACUGCAGGAGAGGAGGAGAAAUGCGGCUGGAUGGGGAGAGGCUUCCCUGCCAAAGGGUACAGGCAGCCCUGUCCUUGAGCGAGUGCCACGCUGCCUUUCUUCUGCUUCAACUUCCUGGUGGCAGAUGCCUGGACUGCUGGUCUUCUCUUUCAUUUUGUGUUUAAACUUCAGUGCUUAGAAGCGCCACAGUUGAAGCUGGAAUCAGCUUGACUGUCUGGACCCCAAGUGCACACAAGCGGCCACAUCCCGUAGGAUGCACGACUGCUGUUCUGCCAGUUAGAGACCAGAAAUACUGGGCUUCCUGAAGGUUCAGUUGGUGCUGGCAGUGAGUAGUGACAGGGAGGACGUUCUGUUUCUGUGGCUUUCUAGAGAAGGCAACGAGACAUUAUACUGACACCAGCCCUGGGUCUUCUGACUGUGGAAGCCUGUGCCCCAAAGCAGGCGAGAACUUUCCAGUGUAUUUGCUGAGGCAUCUGGUAGCUGCUUCUUCCUUGGCUGUUCUCGUGGCCCAAUGGGGUAGAGCAGGAUAAGAACGUCUUGACCACGACAGGUCAAAGCCCCCGUGGGGCAGCAGGAAGGAAGCUGCUGAUCGAGGCCGUCGCUGCGGCACUUCUGUCAGUGCUCACGUGCCAGAGAGGAAAAGGCGACUCAUUUCUUCUUGUCAUUGCAGAACGAGCUCCCUGGGGUCGUGAAUUACAUCAGGCUGCAAGUGCUGAGCAACUGGGGCCACCCGGACUACACCUGCCUGUAUCGGUUCAGGGUGCACGGUGAUCCGCCCAAAGAUGGGGGAGACAUGGCAGUUUCAUCUAUCAAUAAAUUCCAUUAGUUUUCACCCAGUCGAGUUCCAUUCUGCUUUGCCUGUGACACUGACUGGUCCUCCCUGAGCUCACUGGAGCUCCCCGUCCUUCUCUAAACCCACCAGCUUAUGGGAGACUUCAGGAGUCCACAGCAAGGUUUUCCUAAUUAAAAGAAACUGGAAAACUCCGUAACAAAUCUGCAGAAAGCCUGACAUCCACACACUUGUUGCCUACACAGGAACA